AUGACCACAUCAAGGACAUAUGAUCCUGAACUAGAAGGCUUUAUAAAGAGGGUUGAAGAAAGAGAUCGAGCAAGGCGACAAAAGCAGUCAUCUAGAAGCCCCCCUCCAACUAACACUAAGCCAGUAAGCUUGAGAAUAAAUAAGACUGAAGAUCUGAAUAAGAACUCAUAUGAUGUUGAUAACGAGUCUUUGAUGUAUAGUAAUGAAAAUUUAGCAUAUAAAUCUGCAUAUAAUUAUGAGAAAAUGUUCUCCCCCAAGAGGUCACAUUAUUCAUUAGAGGAUUUGGAUUUAGAAAGAUCGCCAGUAUCAAAAUCUAAAUCUAGAUCAAAUAGAUCAGAAAAGUCUUUAUCGAAAACGUUUGAAGUUUCUGAAGAGGAUUAUUAUUUAUUACAACAAUUAAAAUCUGGGGAUGCAUUGCCCGCAAUAAAAAGAACCAUUGAAACAAAACCAGUUUCUCUACCCACUAGAGGACAACCUAGAGAGUAUCGUAAUACUCAAGGAUAUAAUACCUAUGUUGUGGAGGAGUCAGAUUCCGAUGAUAUGCCUCCUUCUUUACCUCCCAGAAGGGCAAAGCAACAAGUUGAUACAUCUCCAUUGAAAGACAAUAAAUCAAAUAGAAGCCCAUUGAGCAUAAAUAGGGACAUCACUAAACUGCAGGCGGAUGGCAAUAUAAAGCAAACGAUUAAGGUAAAAGAGGCUUUCAUCAGUAAUGAGUCACCUCUAACACCUGUUAGAUCAAAGGCUGAACCCACGACAUUGACAAAGAAAUCUAAAGGGCAUGAACUACCUCCAAAGGCUUACACAGAAGCAAUCAUCAAGGACAGUAAACCCAAGCUCACUCCAGAUUUAAAAGAUAUUCCCACUCCGGGAAAGAGUAACUUACAAGUGGGAGAUUCUAAACCAACCGGUAAACCAGUUACAUUCCUCAAUUCUUUGGAAAAUAAUAAAUUGACAGAAUCAAAUCCUAACACUCAUAGUACAAUUACUCCUUUCAAAAUUGAAUCUAGCCAUAUUAAUUAUCUCGACUCCAAUCAUUUGAAGAAGAACUCACCUUCAUUAAUUCCAUCGCGGACUACCAAACCAAGUUAUUCUCCGGCAUCAUCCCCAACGAAGAUACCAAGAUCUGAUAGUUUUAUUAACUCAGCAUUGAAAUCCAUGGAACCUCUUCCAGAACAAUCUAAAGUUCUAAAGAAACCAUUAUUACCUAAGAAACCAAAGGGAUUACAACAAACGAGGAAGCUUUUUAACAAUAGUCAUGAUGAUGGGGACGAAGAAAAAAAAGAAGAAAUACCUUUGAAAGAAGAGUUUAACAAUUUAAAGUUAAAAUCUGUGGAAAAGAGUAAGCCAAAAGUUCCAUAUAAAGAUGAAAAGUUAUCGAUCCCUAAGUUACGUGAAGUCAAAACAAUGAGUGUCCUUGAUGAUAAGAUUAAGGACAAAAGAUCAACUGACGAUAUAUCGUCUAGUUCAGCAGUGUUACAAUCUCGGACCAAGAAGAAUAUUCCACCGGUAGUACCCAAGAGGAAACCUUCAUUACCAGAAGCAUUGAAGAAAAUGGAGAUGUUAAAUAAAGCAAAACUUGAUGAAGGUGACAAAACCACUGAAAAGAGUAAGUUAGAAGAAAUACCAGAAGCUUUAAGAAGACAUCAGAAUUUGCAAAACAAAAAGAGAGAGAAACCACCUGUACCGCAACGGAAAACUUCUUUACCAGAAGCUUUAAAGAAAGCCAAAUUAUUGAAUAAACGCAUGCAAGCUCCAGUUGUGAAAGAAGAUGAUGAUAAAAGUAUUACAGAUGAAAUAGAUGUUGCUAAAUAUCCAGAUGAAGAAGAUGCUGCUUCUAAACAAGAACCUCUUACUUUAAAUAAUAAACUAGAACAAGUCUUGAUGAAUCAAAAAUUAAGGUCAAAUUACAAUAACACUUCAUCGGGCGAUAACUAUACACGUUUUGGUACAAGAGGCUUGAAUCAUGCUUCUACAGCACCAGAAUCAACUACUACUCACGAUGGAUUGAAUACUCAAGCAAAGACCCUGACACAUUUAAACAAGAAAAGAGCUCGUGGACCCAAGAGGAAACCACCCACUCAUGUUUCUUGA